ACAAACACGACCAAACGAUUUCCCGACGAGCUUUGUCCGAUCUUCAGAAGAAGAGAAACUACAAAAUCUCCUGAAGAACAUAACGAGCGAAAGUUGUAAUCUUUCCUGUCUGAAUUUGAAUUUUGAUGCUCUAAUUGAUGUUUCAGGAGCAAAAGUUGUAAUCUUUCCUGUCUGAAUUUGAAUUUUGAUGCUCUAAUUGAUGUUCCAGGAGCGAAAGUUGUAAUCUUUCCUGUCUGAAUUUGAAUUUUGAUGCUGUAAUUGAUGUUUCAGGAGCGAAAGUUGUGAUCUUUCCUGUCUGAAUUUGAAGCCUCAGAGAUGAAGAACAUAAUAGUGAAGGCAAACGCAGGUGCGCUUACAAACUUCGAGGUGCUUGAUUUGCUUAACUCAAGAGGUGCAUCAAAGGAUACUACAAGAGUUAUAGCUUCAGAAACAGUUUCUAGAUCAGAGUACAAGGUCUAUGAUUAUUUGAUGGAGACUGCUGCUUCCACUCAAACGCGAGAUAGCGUUACCAAGUUCUCAGACAAGUGCAAAGGUUUCAAACUCGCCAAAGCUGAGAUUCUCAACAUCAUCAACCUCAGACCGUCUUCUGAUGUCGAAUUGACGCCGAUCUUAGAGAAGCCUGAUGAACGAGAAAUCGACAUAGAGGGGAUACUAGCGCUAGUGCAGGAGUUGCUACCGCCUCUUCCUACUGUGGAAGCUCAUAAAGAAAACGAGCAAGAGGAAACAGAGGACGGUGAACAACCUAACAUGGAAACUUCAGUUUGACUUUUGAGUUUAUAUCCUUACUUAAGAAUAUAUAUUUUCAGUUUUGUAAAAGUAUUACUUUCAGGAACUAUAUGGAGUCUUCAAAAUACAUCCUUUAUUCCCACUCA